AUGACGAAGAAAGCUAUCUGGAACGGACAAGUCCUUGCCGAAAGUGACAAAACAAUCGUGGUCGAAAACAACCACUAUUUUCCACCAGAUUCUAUUAAAAAAGAAUUUUUCAAGGAUUCCGAUACGCAUACAACUUGUGGUUGGAAAGGUGUAGCUUCGUAUUACACACUCGUCGUCGAUGGUAAAGAAAACAAAGACGCCGCUUGGUAUUAUCCAAACGUGAAAGAAGCUGCCGAUGAAAUCAAAGGUUAUGUCGCGUUUUGGAAAGGUGUGAAAGUUGAAUAG